AUGACAAAUAAAGCUAAAUUUGAGCACGAUGAACUAGGCGACAUUGAGGUUUUAUGCGAUUUACAUCAUAUUUACUUGAAACCAAUUUGUAAAGUACAUUUAACUGUUCAAAUUUCUGGUUUAAGUUGUAUUGGGGCACAGGGCAGGUGCUUAUCUACAUGGGAGGUUUCAGAAAAGCUGCGGCAGCUUUGUCCGUCUCUUCUUUCACCGCCUAUUCAGAUGAAAGUGACGGGUGCAACUGUUGACUUCGUCCGUUUUGUUGUUGAGCUCAACUCGAGAGUUGACGUCAGAAGAGUUAUUAAAGCUGCUGAUAGUCAGCGGAUAAAACUUAGUGGAUUCCCCCAAACUUUGCGAGUUCGCGCCGGAGAUGCGCCAAUCGAUUGUCCCCGCAAACACGAUUGGGAGGCUUUUUUCCGAGAUGCAAAGGAUAUGAACGAGUUGGUGCCAGGUGAACGCCCUGAUACCGUCGUCAUUUCCAAACUGCCGGUCCGUUGGUUCGCUCGUUCUAGCAGCACUACUAAAUUUCAACCAGAUCCCGAAAUUGUCGAGGAAGUUUUUAAGGUAAUUAACCUUGAAGUGACUUUCGUUUUUCUCAAUGGCCCUAUUAAUGGGAGUAUUCUCCAGAUAUAUGGCAAGAUCCGACGUAUCGAUAUCCCAAUGCUGGAUCCGUGUCAGAACCCACAGCUUUUGACAAAAAUGGGUCUUUCAGUGGACCAUGCCAGAACUUUCCUGUCCGACUUCGGUUACACGCUUUCUGCUGAGCCGGAUGCUGCUAUUUCGUCAUCCUCCUCUAUCUACGGUCACGACGGUUUUGGAAAAAUGGCUCCUUCAACAAUCAAACCGUUAUUUUUUGAUGAAAAACCCCUCACCUCUGUUGACUCCGCCUCCCCACUAACCUUCACGGUUUUUAUUCAAUACACCGACUAUUCGGGUUUUGCAGCGGCCAUGGAGGCUCUAAGGGGUAAGAAACUGAUAUACGCGCCUAAUGACAAGAAUAACGCGGAUUCACCGAAGUUCUUUUCUGCCGAAAUAAAGGUAAACUUUGAUCGAAGCAAACAUCUCUCUGACCUCUCUGUGCGCCGACGAAAAGCAGCGCGCAUUCAGCUGGAGGCUGCAGCUAUAGCGGCUGAGGAGGAGGCGCGUCGUUUGAGGGCCGAGCGUGAGGCUCGGACGAGGGAGCUGGCGGCGCAGGCGGAGGCUGAGGCACAACUGGCCGCCAAACGUGCUGAGGAGAAGAAAAGGGAAGAAACAAGGAAAGAGGAAUUGCUGCGUGCUCUGGCCAAACGUAUCAAGAGGGAGCGGGCGAAACGUGCCAGGGUUGAAGCGGCCGACAAAGUGACUGAACGCGAGAAGAAACGACAUAAGGGGAGUCUUUACUUUCGCUUCUUUUUUGGCUACAGAAGCAUCAUCGUGAAAGGGAGAAAGCGAUUUCCAAAGACACCAAGGAUGGCCUUCCAGUUUCUACAUCCAGCAUUGCUAUUCAGACUUCUCCCGAACGAAGCCAUUCCUCUGGGAAACAUGCAACAAUCGCGAACAAAGUUGAUUUCUGAGAUGCGGGCCAGGUCCCCAGUGGAGGCUACCGCGGAGCGAAUGCGUGAGAAACUGCUGCAAAAGCGGGAGCUGCAGCUGCGGGCGCGACUGCUUUCGGCAACGUCUGCACGAAUGAUUCCAAGUGGCUGA